AUGGGUUCGUCAAAACAAGACGUCACAAUCUUACAACCAUGGCUCGGCGACCUCAAGGCUGGCUACGAUAGGAACGUAACCUCGCAACCAAACUACUUCCUCCACUCGCCCGCAUCUUUGAUCACAACCUCAAACCUGCACUCUCUGCAUCUCGGCACCGGCGAAUCGAUAUAUACAUCUCUACUCCCACUUUUGGAAUCUGCAGAGGAGGAACUAAUUCUGGUGACAUGUUUCUGGGCAUCCUCUGCUACACAGAAAUUGGUUAAUGACGCGCUCAAGACACUAUCAGAAAAGGGCAUUAGCAGAGAUCGCAAGAUCCGAGUGCGAAUAUGCUUUUCCUCGUCGUCAGUAUUUCAGAAGCUCCUGCAUCCGCAGAGCCUGAAUGGAAAGGUCUAUCCACCUGAAUCAUGGCAAUCUACACUCAACCUUCCGGACCUGGAUCUAUUGCAAGGCUUGGAUAUGCAAGUGAAGAGUAUCUUCCUAUUGCCAUUUUCGGUCAUGCAUCCAAAGUUCAUCGUUGUGGAUAGGAAAGUUGCAGUGUUGCCGUCCUGCAACGUGAGCUGGGAAGAUUGGUUCGAAGGUGCUGUUACACUCACUGGACCCGUGGUUUCGUGUUUCGUCAACUUUUGGAGAGAGUUUUGGGCGCAGCAGGAAGAUAGGGAUGAGCUGGUCACCCUCUCUACGAGCUCCGGACACGAAGGGUCGCUCGCGAAGACAUCUCAGCAAUCACCGCAAGGACAACUCCCUAUACACACGCCCGUGAACUCGAAAGAUAUCCCAACAAUCUUCCUCCCCUCACCUCAUCACAGGAACCCAGAUUUCAGACUUCCAUGGCAAGAACAUUCAAAUCCACCGCCUACACCACUCAACACUUUUUUCCUCCGCAGUCUCCUCUCCGCCGAACGGGAAGUCUACAUACAAACACCCAACCUCACUGCCCCACCUGCCCUGACAGCCAUCCUAUCAACCCUCCGCCGCGGCAUCAAUAUCCACAUCGUCACCAGCGAGAAACUCAUGAUACUCGAACAACUAGUCACCGCCGGCACAACAACCUCCCGCUGCAUCACGAAACUGAUCUCCAAAUACCAAACCCUCUAUUCUUCGUCUCCUUCAGACUUGGAAGCCGGUAGACCCAAACCAGGCAAACUGAGAAUUGACUAUUUUAUUCCAAGAGAGGGGAGUGGGGACAAGGAGCCACAGCAAAGUCAUCUUAAAUGCACAAUUGUGGAUCAAGAGUUCGUGAUUCUGGGGUCAGGGAAUUUGGAUAGGGCGAGUUGGUAUACGAGUCAGGAAUUGGGGGUUGCGUUCUUUGAUGACAUGUUUGCGAAGAGGUUGUUGGGGGAUUUGGGGCAGGCUUUGGAUGGGAGGUUUAAGAAUGUGUUGUAG